AUGUUCUUCUCGACACUCACGGCCGCGGAUGCCGAUGAUGAGGCAGCGCUACUGGCCUUCAAGGCGGCAGCAGUCGGCGGCAACAGCGACGCGCUCGCUUCCUGGAAUGGGAGCACCGAUGGUGGAUACUGCAGCUGGGAGGGGGUGAGGUGCCGGGGCAGGCACCGUCGAGUGGUGGCACUGAGCCUGCCAUCCCAUGGUCUCACCGGCGUCCUCUCGCCUGCCGUCGGAAAUCUGUCCUCCCUGAGGAUUCUUAACUUGACUGACAACAAAUUCAGCGGUAACAUUCCUGCAAGCCUCGGUCAUCUUGGCCACCUCCGUAUCCUAAAGUUGAACCGAAAUGCCUUCUCUGGCCCAAUCCCCACCAACCUGAGCUCUUGCACUAGCUUAAUGGUUAUGGACCUCCGCAUCAACAAUCUGAACGGGAAUGUGCCUCCUGAGAUUGGUGACAAGCUUAAGAGCCUCAACUUUCUUGAUCUGCGGAGGAACAACAUUACUGGAGGGAUACCAGAGUCGCUAACCAAUCUGUCAUCAUUAACUACUCUGGACCUAUCAGAGAACCAACUCAAGGGUACAAUCCCAACUAGCCUUGGUAUCCUCAAGAACCUCCAUUUUCUUAGUCUCGCCUUCAACAACCUCUCUGGCGAUCUCCCUGCCUCCCUAUACAACUUAUCUUCAAUGAAUAUUAUGCAGGUUAAUUUCAACAUGCUCACCGGCAGCAUCAUUACUGAUAUUGGCAGUAGGUUCCCAAGCAUGAAAAUCUUUAAUUUUGCGAGUAACCAGUUCACCGGGCACAUCCCUGCUUCACUCUCCAAUCUCACAUCACUCCAGGUAGUCUACCUCUCACAAAAUAUCCUCAGUGGAUAUGUACCUCACACGGUGGGGAAACUACAAGCUCUGCGAAUUUUACACUUGGAUAUUAACAUGCUAGAAGCUAACAACAGGAAGGGAUGGGAAUUUAUCACUUCUUUAUCAAAUUGCAGCCAGCUCCAGCAAUUAAUUAUCUCCAGCAACACCGCUCUCACUGGGCACCUACCAAGCUCAAUAGUGAAUCUCUCAACAACACUGCAAUGGCUCAGGUUUAGCGACACUAGCAUUUGGGGGAGUAUCCCCGCAGCCAUCGGCAAUCUGGUGGGCCUUGAAAGGCUUUAUGCUCAUGAUACUUCUAUAUCCGGAGUGAUUCCAGACAGCAUCGGCAUGCUUGGAAACUUGAUGGAGCUUUAUUUAUACAAUACCAGCUUGUCAGGCCAAAUACCUUCAUCUAUUGGGAACCUCUCAAAGUUAGUUAACUUUUACGCAUUCCAUAGCAAUCUAAUGGGACCAAUUCCAGCAAGUAUACAGAAGUUGAGGAGUAUAUUUUCCCUUGAUUUGUCAAAUAACCGAUUGAAUGGUUCGAUUUCUAAAGAGAUUUUCAAACUACCGCAUUUUUCUCUGACUUACUUGAACUUAGCAUAUAAUUCACUAUCAGAAACCCUCCCCUCUGAAGUUGGUAACUUAGGCAACCUUAACUUCAUGAUUCUAUCAGGAAACCAUCUAUCUGGAGAGAUACCUGAAAGUAUUGGGGAGUGCACUGUUCUGCAAGAACUUUGGUUGGAUAAUAACUUAUUCAAUGGAAGCAUACCCCGAUCUCUAAACAAGGGUUUGAUUGUACUCAACUUGGCCAUGAAUGAGUUGUCAGGUACAAUUCCAGAAACCAUUGGAAAUAUCCGUGGGCUGCAACAAAUGAGUCUAGCACACAACAAUUUGUCAGGGCCAAUCCCAGCAAUUUUACAGAAUUUGGCAUCAUUAUCAGUGUUGGAUUUGUCCUCCAACAACCUGCAAGGGGAAGUGCCAAAAGAGGGGAUUUUUAGAAAUUUGGCUAACCUUUCUAUCACCAGAAAUAACAAGCUUUGUGGAGGAACACCUCAGCUUCAUUUAACUCCAUGCAAGAUAGAUUCUGCUAAACAGAACAGAAGACACAAAAUGAGGUACCUUACAAUAGCUCUAACAACAACCAGUGCACUCUUAUUAGUAGCUAUGACUGUUGCACUUAUUCACUUGAUCUAUAAAAAGAAGAAGAGCCCAAUCCAACCAUCAAUAGUUGAGGAACAGUAUGAAAGAACUUCCUACCAUGCAUUAGAAAAUGGAACCAAUGGAUUCUCAGAAGCAAAUUUGCUUGGUAAAGGAAGCUUCGGGGCAGUGUAUAAAUGUGCUUUGCAAGGUGAAGGGACUAUUGUGGCUGUAAAAGUUUUAAACCUUCAACAGUCUGGCUCUACUAAAAGUUUCAUAGCUGAAUGUGAGGCAUUGAGAUGGGUGCGUCAUCGAUGUCUCAUAAAGAUCAUCACCUGCUGCUCAAGCAUCAACAAACAUGGUCAAGACUUCAAGGCAUUGGUUUUUGAGUUCAUGCCGAAUGGUAGCUUGCAUUCUUGGCUCCAUAAAGAGUCUGACAUGCCCUCUCUCAACAAUACUCUCAGCCUAGCACAAAGGCUGGAUAUCGCUGUCGAUAUCAUAGAUGCUUUAGACUAUCUUCAUAAUCAUUGUCAACCGCCAAUCGUCCAUUGUGAUCUCAAGCCAAGCAAUAUCCUUCUUGCAGAUGACAUGAGUGUUCGGGUCGGAGAUUUUGGUAUAUCUAGAAUCCUUCAAGAAAAUGCAAGUAGAACUCUGCAAAAUUCCAAUAGCACAAUUGGAAUAAGAGGAUCCAUUGGCUAUAUUGCUCCUGAGUAUAACCAAGGUUCCUCUGUCACAACUCUUGGUGAUGUUUAUAGCCUCGGAAUAUUGCUGCUUGAGAUAUUUACAGGAAGGAGCCCAAUAGAUGAUAUGUUCACAGGUUCAUUGGAUCUACACAAGUACUCAGAGGAUGCUCUUCCUGAUAAAAUCUGGGAGAUAGCGGAUACAACAAUGUGGCUGCACACAGAGAUCUACGACAACAAUACAAGAAACAGAAUUGAGAAUUGUUUGGGCCAUGUCAUUUCCCUUGGGAUAUCCUGCUCAAGAAAACAACCUAGAGAGAGAACACUCAUACGGGAUGCAGCCACUGAGAUGCAUACCAUCCGAGAUUCAUACCAGUCUGGUGAUCAUAUAGAGUAUAAUGAAGGUUCCUCCAUUACAACUCUUGGUGAUGUUUAUACCCUCGGAAUAUUGCUGCUUGAGAUGUUUACAGGAAGGAGCCCGAUGGAUGAUAUGUUCAUAGGUUCAUUGGAUCUACACAAGUACUCAAAGGAUGCUCUUCCUGACAAAAUCUGGGAGAUAGCGGACACAACAAUGUGGCUGCACACAGACACCUGCGGCUACCAUACAAGAAACAGAAUUGAGAAUUGUUUGGGACAUGUAAUUUACCUUGGGAUAUCCUGCUCAAGAAAACAACCUAGAAAGAGAACACUGAUACAGGAUGUGGCCAUUGAGAUGCAUGCUAUCAGAGAUGCAUACAAUCAUACCAGUUUGGUGGUGGAGCAUGAAGGAGUAGUAACACCUCUACAGUAA